GACAAAGUUUACCAGUUCUGCAGUAAGACGUGCUGUGAGGACUAUAAGAAGCUCCACUGCAUUGUGACGUUCUGCGAGUACUGCCAGGAGGAAAAAACACUUCACGAGAUGGUCAAGUUCUCUGGUGUCAAAAGACCGUUCUGUAGUGAAGGUUGUAAACUGCUGUUUAAGCAGGAUUUUAUCCAGCAGCUGGGUCUCAAGUGUGUGAGCUGUAACCAUUGCAACCAGCUCUGUAAGAGAGGCGUGACCCAGGAGCUCGGUGGCAUGACCCGAGACUUCUGCAGCGACACGUGUGCCAACAAGUUCAACGACUGGUGGAACAAGGCGGCGAGGUGCGACUGCUGCAAGGUGCAGGGGAACCUGACUGAGUCUGUGAUGUGGAGAGCAGAGAUGAAGCAGUUCUGUGACCAGGAGUGUCUGCUGAGGUUCUACCUGCAGCAGAAUGAGCCCAUCAUGGUCACGCAGAAGGGACCUGAGAACACCACUCUGGGGUUAGAGGCGCAAGGAGCCAAACUUGGACUGAUGAACCAGACUUCAGCUGCUUACACUGGUGGAGGGUUGAUCAGAGAUGUAAAGAACAAGGCAGUUCUCUGCAAGCCACUUACACUGACCAAAGCCACCUACUGCAAACCUCACAUGCAGAGCAAACUUCUACAGACAGAUGUAGACGAUGGUGUUAAGAGGGAGUAUGUUCCAGUCCCUAUACCUGUUCCUGUGUUCAUCCCCAUGCCUAUGAAUAUGUACACCCAGGUCACCCCCACUCCAGUGUCUCUGCCUGUACCUGUUCCUGUUCCUGUGUUUCUGCCCACCACCCUUCAGGGGGCAGAACAGAUCAUUCAGACCAUCAAAGACAUAAAAAACGAGGCGUCCACUGAUCCCACAGAGGCCGGUCGCUCCGUGGAUGAGAGCAGCACGAAUGACCAGAAGCCAGAUGUGAAGCUGAUGAAAGUGAAAGAGGAGCGUGGAGGAGAGGAGGCCUCCUGCAGCAGCUCUGAGGAGGAGGAGGAAGAGGAGAAGUAUGACUCUAACCUGGACCUGGAGGCAGACUUCCCUCAAGCCUCAGAGCCCGUUCCAGUGCUGGAGGGGAUGGAGGAAGAUUUGGGCUUUUCUCUGCCUCCGGUUCUGACAGAAGAGAAGGAGGAGCAGGAGGAGUCGACUCCUCGACCACAGCCCAGGAGACUUGGAAAUAAACGACAGGCAGUGGAGGAUUUGUUCACCUCCUCACAUCCAGGUAACAACUCCCCAGAGAAACGUUCGCUGCCUCUCAGAGCUCGUUACGGCGUCAACGCCUGGAAGCGCUGGGCUCUGUCUGUCUCUGACCAAUCAGAAGACACCAAAGUAAAGGACAGCUCCAAACCAACGCGGUGGAAAAGUAACCUGCUGUCACUGAGUUCAGACGAGCUGAGCGUGGCUCUGUCUCGCUUUGUGAAGGAGGUCUGCAGACCCAACGGGGAGCGCUACUCUCCAGACAGUAUCCUCUACCUGUGUCUGGGAAUCCAGCAGCAUCUUCAUGCCAAAGGCAGGAAGGACGACCUGUUCAGCGACCCGUGUUACCAGCAGUUUGGAGACGAGCUGAACAAAGUCCUCAAAGACUGGCAGCCCAGUGUGCUUCCUGACGGCUCUCUGUGGGGCCGGGUGGAGGAGCAGAGUCUGUGGAGUAGUCGACACCUGGGAGAGCAGAGUCCUGCCGCUCUGCUGCGCUCUCUGGUUUACCUCAACACCAAAUACUUCAGCCUGCGCACCGUGGAGCAGCACCUGCGCCUCUCCUUCGCCAACGUCUACGGCCCCGACUCCAUCCAUCCUGCCACCAAGGAGACGACCGUUCGCAUCCGCGUUCCCUCCAUCUCUCAGGAUCACCAGGUGCACACAGAAUCCAGGAAGAGGAAGCGCAGGCUGACUGAGGACGAGCAGGACGAAGACGAGGACUCGGGGGACUCGUCUAUUCGGUGCCCAGUGAAGCAGCAUGAGUGUCGUCUGUAUGAGCUCUACAGAUCCAAAUGUCCGCCAUUGUUGUGGAAACGCCUCGACGUCUUCUACCUUCAGCCCGAUCCGGCCUGCAGCCCCGGUGACUCUGUGUGGUUCAGCUCCACGCCGCUGGAGCGAACGGUCCUGGAGAGCCUCCUCACCAGAGUCCUCCUGGUCCAGGACAUUUACACAGACAAGCAGGACGAGGAGGAGGAGGAGGACUGCAGUGAGGAAGUCCAAGGAGAGUAGGACCUCCCUGGACUUGUCUUAGGACUCGUAGGGUAUCUUGUAGUUUGUCUCUCCUUCACCUGUCUUUAUUCUCGUCUCUUCACGCUCUUCAAUGACUUGCUGUUUCCUCCUGGCGAGGGACGUCCACAACAAGUACAGGAUGUAGGUGGUCUCGUCCACCCAGAGGACAUAAACCCUUGAAGGACGAAGGAGAUGAUGGUGAGAGGAGAGAAAGUGAUGAACUUAGUUAGUUCUCAGCUUCAAAAUCCAACCAGGUUAAGGACAAAGAGCGUUCAGGGUCUCGUCGUUCAUCAGCCUCAGUUUGAACACAAGGAAACAAACCAGUCCUGCUUUAAUAAAGUUAAGUCUGCCAAGAUAAGUUACUUUCAGUUUGUGUCAAGAGUCAAACUGAUGUUUUCCAGAAAAUACCAAUUAUUGGUUGAAUUUAAGGAUGCCAAGGUAAGAGUUAUCUGAUGCAGGUUUUAACAUGAAGGAGGAGGACAGGUAUCAGAAAGCAUUUCCUCAUGUUGGUCUCAGUUCAGCUUGUUUGUGACCCAACAGUGUUUAUUUAAAGAUCUGACGGUAAGCUCAUCAUUUCUGCACUUAAUUUGCCCAAUUUCUGAUCACAUCCAUCUCAGCCUUUUGCUGUGAGGAAAAUGUUGACUUUAUACAUGAAAUGAAGAACAUCUUGUUAGAUGUCAUUAAAUACCACACAAGCUGUUGAGAACCAGACGUAUUAAGCAGUAUGUCGGGUGUAGUCUUAAAUAACAUUAAGUGUUGACAUGUGCGUCUGCACUAGUUCAUGGCUUAACUGCAGUCUCAGAACAACAGUGAUGAACUAACAGAACAACAGGCUCCUUUGUUCCAUGUUGACUGAUGAGAACCUGCCUGUCCCUGUGCUUUUUCUGACUGAAGAGAGUUGUUUGUUUGGGGCAAAAGAGGCUAAAUUAGAUUAGAACUAUCAGCUCGUAACAGAGUCGACACACAAGGGAAAAACACUAGCUUGCUCUUAAAUCAGCUAAAAUCAUGUUAAAGAGUCUGUGGGAGUCAGGGCUAACGUCAUCGUACUGCUCAGUCAUUUCUUUUGGGCGUUCUCAGCAGAUCUGGUGGUUUUUYCAGAUGACGAGAACCAAACUGAAUGUUCCUGAGUGUUUUGAUGGUAAAGUCCUGACUUCACAGCUCAGUAACGUCCACUCUGAUCACUCCAUUGGUUCCCAUCAUGCCCCUCUGCUGCUCUUCCUCCAGCACCGCUCUCAGGUGAACCCUACAGAGGACUUCAUCAGGUCUGAUUCCAGGACAGAAGACAUUUGUCCUCUCUGAGGAAGGCCUGACUGGUACCAUAGCCAGCUGAGCUUCUUCCUAAGACUUUGGGGUUUCUUUCAUUCCUAUGAUGUAGCAUUGUUGCUGUGAUGAGUAAAUCUGUGGAGCCUGGCAGGUGUUUCACAUGGUCUCCAUAAAAAACAUCAUGUUGUUAAACRUAUUUAUUUCCUGUUGGUUCGACUGCUUCCUUCAUGUUCACAUCUCACGGCUGAUGUUUCCUUUUUCACCCUAAAACUUCGCUGCUGUCUUGAAGAAUCCUGCUAAGCAUGAAGGAUUAGGAUUAUUCCAAGUUUAGGAACUGGCUUUAUUUUAAAAAUCUGUUUUUUUGUACGUUUAGUUUGUUUUUGUUUUGAAAAUUGCACACCUCUUAACACUUCUAUUUCCUUCCUGUUUUGUCACGAGUGAAGCGUGUGCUGAGGUGGACAUUUAGUUGGGUUUUUUUUUCCCAUCAGCUAGUCAUCUUUAAACUAUGUGAUGAUACAUUUCCUUUAUGAUUUGUUUAAAUAUCCCAUGUGUUGAAGAAUCUCUUUUAAACUGAUUUGAUCUAAAGUUAAUUUAUAGUUUGAGGAUUUAUUGGUUCCUUAUUCAUUAGAAUUUAAAUCUUAGUUUAUUUCACCUGAAGAACAUCUGCUUCUGUUUUUUCGUACACAGGAAGUCAUUUAACGGUCUGAACCUGAUUUCUGACUCAGUGUUGCCAAUCCUUUAACAGGUAAACAGACCCUGGAUCAGACGACACUGAUAACUCAAACUGAUUUUAGUUUUUCCCCACCCUGCUGGACUGAGAGGCAACACCCGAACCUGCCACAGGUUUGGACCUGCAGGACACGCUGUGGCUGGCUUUAAUGCCUAAUGUGAAUGUGCCUAUCUGUAAAUAGUAAAGUGAGUGAUUGUGACUUGAAUCUGAUGCUACGUGUGUGGGCUGAUCUGCCGAUACAGUUAUGUUUAAUAAAUGAUUUCCUUUUUCUAA